UUGCAAAAUUAUGUAAGGUUUGAGGGCCUUCAGACCAAUUCCAAACAUGUAAGGGACUAAUCUGAAGAUCCGAGGGGCUAACAACGUAGGUUUUGUUUCUGAUCAGAUGAGCCUCUGGUGAGCUUAAGAGCGAGCAUGGAAACGACGGAGUCAGGCCGGAACGCGAGGGAAUCGCUGGAUCUGGCGUUCAAGAUGUCGAACAUUCUGGAAGCGGGGCUGGAUCGGCACACCCUCUCCCUCCUCAUCGCCCUCUGCGAUCGCGGAGUCAAUCCCGAAGCCCUAGCCGCCCUCGUCCGCGAGCUCUCUCCUCCGCAAGAUCCCGUCACCGCCCCAAACCCUAGCUCUCGCCAACCCUGACCUCACCCCGCGCGCGCGUUCUCUCUCCUUCCCUCUUUCUCCGGUAAAAGAAACUUUUUU